AAGAAAUGCUGGUUACUUUUUUAUAGUAUAAAUUUAAUUUUCAUUUUUUUAGGUUAUUUCAUCAAAUAUUUUAGGGAAUACAAAAAUUAGUAAGACACUACCUUCCUGGUGCUUGUAGUCUAGGGGGAAAGGUAGUGAUACCGUUCAUGAUAUGAAAUUUUCAUGAUAUGAAAAUUCUAAGAAACACAAUUUAUUAAAUACUCAUUGUAUGGCAGGAAUUUGCUGAAUGCUUUACAUGCAUUAUUUCACGUAUAUUACUCAGAAUAAUAAUUCUGAGUAGUAUAAUGCUACUGUCAUUCUGCUUAACAGAUAAGGCAUCUGAGCCCAGUUUGGAAAUUGUUUACCUAAUAAGUUAGCAAGUGUUACAGUCUGUAUUUAAAAUUAGUUCUGCAUUAUUAUAGUACCUACACUUUUAUAGUAUAAUAAACAGUUGUACUAAAAAGAGAUCAUAUCUGCCCAAAAGGACUUCUUAAAAGAUAUUGGCUGCAAUAUUGGACAUGAUCAGAAAAUAUUGUUUUAGGAGCAUUAUUCUGUCAGAAUAGUGUGAAAUGGAGAUAGACUAGUUAGAUACCUACUGCAUGUCAGGUUCUUCUAGAUCUCUUCCUAGAAGAAGAUGAAAAAUAGGUUUGUGCUUUAGGCAAAGUUGUCGGAAGAUUUCUCUGCUGAGAUGAUAUUUGAGAGUGGAAAGGAAUGAUUGGAUUCUAGUGGAAUUUAGAACCAAGGCAUUUUACCAAAAGAAUUGCUUAUAAUGUAAAAGAGAACAGUCAAGGUUCUAGCUUAUCUUUUGGGUAGGAUAAUUGGGACAGCCACCUUGAGUAGCAUAUUUAUGAAGUGUCUUUAAGAUUUCUAAAAGGGCCUUUGAAAUACUAACAAUGAGCUCUCCUUUGUGAUAAUCUUGGGCAAGUGUGGUUUUAUUUCCUGGGCUCUGCACCUUUUUCUAGAGACCCCAUUACUAAUAAAUUGGGGUUUGAGGCCCAUACAACAAGAAUGAACUUGUACUUAGAGAAACUGAAGGAGCAGGUUUAGUGGUGGUGAUAGAGUGGACAGAGGAAUCAAGAGUUCAUUUUGGAACAUAUUAAGUUAAAAUGCUUGUUAGAAAUACAAAUGGAGUUAUCAUGUAGGCAGUUUGGUCUGAGUGUGUAGUUCAAAGGGGAUUUCAGACUAGAAAGAUAAAUUUAGGAGUUGUAAGCCGAUAAGUGGAUUUUUUUCUUUCAAAUUACUUUGGCACAGGUUUGCAGAGCCUAAUGGCUCCAUUCGUCAUGAGGAGUCAGUACAUGUGCAAAUCACAUCUUAAUUCUUUUUAUGCCCCCUACCUUUCUCUUCCUGCCUUCCUUCCUCUUCCCAUCUCUGGUGCCCCUUCCCGUAAAUGGAUUUUAAAGCUAUAGAACUGGAUGGUAUAAUUUGUAGAAUGAGUACAAUAAAGAAGGAAUUGAGUACCAAGCACUAGGACAUUAUAACAAAAGUGAGAAAGAUGAGAAAGAACCAGCAAGAGACCAGAUAAUGUUUUAGAGAAGGCAGUCAUAAUCAAAUGUGACACGUGAUGUCAUUAGGUCAAGUAAAAUGAAGACUGAACUUAUCCAUUGAAUGUGGGAAUAUGGAGAAGACAUAGAGAAGAGCUUUAAAGGAAUAAAGAAGAUGAACCGAAAAGGGAAAAAGAAGAGAUUGUAAACAGAAAAUGUCAGGCAACAAAGAAGGGAAGAGUGAUGGUGAUGAGCUUCUUAAUGAAGCUGUGUGUGAGCAAGACACAUCAUUAACUGAUGCUCUAGAACAAGUUGCAAAGCAACAACAAUCACAAACAUCAGAAAUAGAAAAAAACAAAAAGGCUGUGUUCCAUUUACAGAAUGAACUUCAUGAACUUGAAAAACAAAUAGCAGCAGUCUGUGCUGAAACUAAAGAAACAGAGAGGCAAAUUUAUCACCAAGAUGUUACCAUUGAGAAUUUCAGACUUCAAUGUGGAAGCCUAGAAAGUCACAUCAAGACCUUACAUACAGAAAAUAUAAAGCUUAAAUUUGAUAUAGAAACAGCCCAAGAAGAUUUUGAUGAACAGAUGAAAAGAUAUAAUAUAUAUUAUGUGAAAAUAAAGGCACAUAAAGAUAGUUUGAGAGAAAUAGAAAGAAAAUGGUCAUUUAUGACUGAACUUUAUGAAAAAAGAGAUCUCAUUAAAAAACUAAAGACAGUGAAAGAGGAACUUAGACAAGACCUCCAAAAUCCAGGUGGAAACAGAAUAACACAAAUACAGGAAGAUAUUUCAAUGCUAAAGAAUAAAAUUGUAACUGUAAAAGAAUCUAUCAGUGAAACAACUUAUUUUAUUGAAGAAGAAAAAAAGAAACAUGAAAAGUUAAGAAAAGAAAUAGAGGUACAGCAUAAGAGAUAUGAUGCAAUUCUGAAGCGUUUGCAUUGUCAGGUAAACAAGCUUCAGUCAAAUAGAAGACAAUGGCAAUGGAACAUUCAACAACUGGAAAAAACUGCAGCUGAACUAAGAAAAUCCAUAGGAAUGAAAGGUUAACAUUGCCAUAGGGCAAUGUGGAACACAGACCAUGCCAACUAAAACUAUGAGACAGAAUAUUAAGAAGAUCUUUCUUAACAAUAAGCAACCACUGUCAAAGGCCUAUAUUAAUGGCAGAUAUAUUUUCUCUUUUAAAAAUCAGUUACCUAUGGGUUAAAGUAUUUUUCCACCUUAUAUUGAACAGCACUAGAUUGACAAUAGUAAGCCUUACAGGAGAAUAGUGAAAGAGUCUCUGUGAAUAUUUCAAGUGUGUAGGAUAUAUUUUAUUCAGGAUACCCAUUUAUAACCAUGCUGUAUUCACUACUGUACAAAGUAAAAAUUUAGAAGAAAAUAAGUAGUUGAAUUUUCAACAAUUUAAGUUGAGAUAUUAAAAACAGUUGUCUGUUUCAAACUUUUUAUUAGAUCUUGCUUUUUUAUAACUGCCUUCAUAGUAGCCCAUAAAUAUUA